AUGAAUCCACCACCUGAAUACCACAAUGGACAACUGGCUCCUACAAACACCCCAAAAGCAGUGGAAGAGUGGGAAGAUGACGAUGUCAUCACCCCGAUAGACGCAACAGAACAGGUUCACAUCUGCCCGCCUACCAGUGCACCGGCACCACUCCCAAGCAAGAAUACAAAAUCCGUGAAUCUGAGAGCGUCUAGGCUAUCAACGCCCAAAGUGCGAAGAAUCAGAUCACGCCAAAGGCAAAAAGCUCAAAAUGCCAAAGCUGGCAUCCGUCUCAUCACUGACAUGUCGGUUUUCCGUCGCAAUAAUCAUGUCACGAACAACAUGCGCAGUCCACCAGGCCGGAAAGGAAAGUUUGUCGACGCCGAUGCUCUGAGAGCCCUGGAAGGGGAACCUAGUUCAGCAUCAGUCGGGAACUGGAACUGGUUGAAGAAGGGAAGUGGGAAGACUCCUGAGCCGGCGACAGAAAUGCGGAAAGGCCGAAAUAAGGACCAACAGUUGUCACCGGAGGACAGGCCCAUCGUAAUUGGAAUUUCGCUGGAAUCGUCUGACGUGGAAGGGCGGGGGAUUAGCCCGCAAAAUGCGCUGGUUGACGACUCGAGAGCUCCGUUUCCUGCGCCCGAGUUGAGCAAUCCUCAUGCCCUCAAGGCGGCCAAGGCUGAUGUGCAGGGACACAAAUCUGUCUGGUCUCCUGAUACGCCAGAUACUUCAUACUCGUUUGGAUCAAGUAAUGUGGCAUCUAGCGUGUACUCGCAAUUCAUCAUGCCAAAUCAGAUUCCCAAAGAACAGGCCUGCCCCCCCGUUCCGGAACUUCCCCCGAAUUACAAGAAGGCUGCGCACCAAAGGGUUUUGAGCCUUGAGCUGGGGAAAAGUCGACAAGGGGAUGAUGAAAGUGGCACGCCAUGCACUCUCUUCGAAGAAGAUGGCGUUCCAAGCCCACAGAGACACCUAAAGUCCAGGGAAUUUGAUAUAAGCCCUGAUAGUGCCGCUUCAAGAUCACAUGGUUGGUGGGAUCAUGUCGUUACACCCUUUGUUGACAAGAAAAUGUCCUUUUCAAGUCAAAAGUACAAGGCUGAGUCUCCAAAGUCACCCAAAUCACCCAAGUUCCACAAAGAAAUGCUCAGGGAUGAGUCAUGGGAAAAUCUCGAUGUCAAGGAAGAGUCUCGGUCAAGACUAUCUCCAAACGUUGCUCCAGCACCAGUACAAGCACCGAUUGUUCGAGCACCAGCACCGCGUCGAACACCAUCACCACAGUCAGAUACAAAACAUGCAGAGAACCCUCAAAGUCUCCUGACAAAGACACAAAUGUCUGUUGCAGAGCCGAGUAUGAGACAGACACCGCAAAUUGUCAUUAGUCGCGACAGCCCCAGCCCAUCAGAUAUUCCACCACCUUACUCACCGCCCAAGAGGGAACAAGAAGGCAAGCCCAUCAGAUAUCGAGCCGUCUUCCCACCUGGACACCCACUCCAUUCUCAAUUUCCCCCUACUCCGAGACCGGCUUCUCCGGGACUAGCAGGCACAAUGACUUCUCAGAGAGGACACCAAAAAGGGGCCAAGAACCACGCUUCUGCUGUGCCCACGACGCAAACACAGCCGAUUACUACUCAGCCCCUUCCCGUGCGAGCAGUCGGGACAUUCGUGCCUCAAGAACACGCAUACUCUGCCGCAGGCAGCAGACACAAAGUUGAGCGGCAGCGGCGGCGACAUGAAAAAGAGGACAUCAUUGCUCGCCGCGCUGGUGGAUUCUGGAGAGGACGUGGCUGCAUGUCGUCAGGGGGUUGUUUUGGACGCACGGGUCGUGAAGGCCGCAAGAGAAGACGGGUUUGGAUGGCAAUCUGGGCCGGCAUCAUUGCCUUGAUCCUUCUCAUCAUCUUGUUGGCAGUGCUGCUCACACGCAACCACAGCCCAGCGGAGACACCGUCUAUUUGGGUCAACUUGACAGACUUCCCGCCUAUGCCUACGGGCGUCUUGACUGUGGUUGGACCGGACAAUACCGCUGCCAGAUCUGUUUGUACAGAGCCAUCUACGCUCUGGAGCUGCUCUCUACCCAAGGAUCAACAAUCAUCUGUUUUGCCGUAUAAAGCAAACCAACCGACGCUGAUUAUGCAAAUCCAAUGGGACAACGGAACUCGUCGGUCAUGGAACGUUGCAAACGCAGAUGCACCUGCACCUUUAUCGCGAAGAGCAUUCGGAGCAGCAUCUCAUGCGCUGAGUGCCCUUAGGCGUGAUCCAGCACCAACCGAGUUCUUUCCCGAUCCCGCGGCUCCCAAGUUCAGAGAAAUGUGGUUCCUCGGCGAGACAACUGACAACAUUAAGUCCGACCAGAAAGGCGGCGAGCCAGCACCCUUCUAUAUCAGCCUUCUCAGGUCGACAAACGACACGGUCCCGACACCAAAUCUUUCCCGCAGAGGAGUCAGCCCCAAUAUUGGCAACACCACAUUCAAGGAUCUUAUCCCGCCUCCAGACUUGGAAAAGGACGGCACGUCCGCCCCGGCCGUCAUGAUUCCCAGCCCCGUCCAGCAGCCUAUCCGUCUCUUUGACCGUGGCCUACCCACCGAACACUACGGCUUCUAUACAUACUUCAAGCGCACCAUCUUUCUCAAAUCCGUCAACAUUCAGAACAACACGGACAACAAUAUCCCGCUGGAUGAGGACGGUGGAUGCCGCAAGACAGAAGCCUCUCAUCUCGUGACCUGGGGCGACACGCGGCUUCACGUGCAGAUUUGGACGCGAGCGCUGUCAAGCAAUACGUCCUCGUUGCUCAAAGCGGAUGGUAGUAAAGGAAUCGGCGGAACAGGUGAACUCGUUAGGCCUGGGACCAUGCCGUACCCCGUGACUAUUACACAGGACACGCAUGGCGGAGAUCCGGAUAAGAAGCUCGUCUGGGAUCGACCCAUUGACGAUCGACUGCAGGUUACGACGACGGAGGCGCAGGCGCUGGUCAAUGACAUGGGAAUUGGGGGAACAUGGGUUAAUAAGAGGGGGACUGGGGAUGCCAAGUUUGGAGGGUUUGAUGGAGGCAGCGGAGGAUUCGAGCUCCCCACCACGGCCCGAACAGCUGCCACUUUGAAAAGGUGGGGGGAGCUUCACCUCGUCGACCUCUUAAAGCUCACACCUUCUCAACUACCACCACCACCACAACCACCCUUUCCAACUCGCCAUCAACCAAUGCUCAUCCUCCUCCGUCCACGAUGUCGCUCUCUCCAGUCUCUGCUCCCACGUCACAGCGAGCACCACCCUAAUAGAAGCCGCCUCCAGAAGCGAACCCUGCUCACCCUUGCCAUCGAGUCGUCAUGCGACGACACUGCAGUCGCCGUCCUCUCCCAUACACCGCCCUCCACAACGCUCCUUUUCAACGAGCGCAUAUCCUCCGAUAACCGCGCCUUCAAGGGCGUGCACCCCGUCAUAAGCGUCCAAGGCCACAACUCGUCCCUCGCGCCGCUCGUCCAGAGGGCGCUCCAGUACCUCCCCGAUGCCUCGCCCUCCACCCCAUCCAUCCGAAUCCCCUCCAACGACGGAGCGCUCCUGAUGAAGCAACGGCCGGACUUUGUGUCCGUGACGAGGGGCCCUGGGAUAAUGGCCAAUCUAGCAGUGGGAUUGAACAUGGCCAAGGGCCUGGCAGUCGGAUGGGACGUGCCGCUCGUGGCCGUCCAUCACAUGCAGGCUCAUGCGCUGACGCCCCGGCUCGUGAGGGCGUUGGGGACCGACGCGGGGAGAUGUAGCGACAGUCCCGGCCCCGAAUUCCCGUUUCUGUCGCUCCUCGUCUCCGGCGGGCACACGCAGCUCGUCCACUCGACAGGGCUGACGGGGCACCGCAUCAUCGCGACGACGGGGGACAUCGCCAUCGGCAACCUCCUCGACCAGACCGCCCGCGUCAUCCUCCCCGCCGACGUCCUCGACGCCAGCCCGGACGUCAUGUACGGCCGGCUCCUCGAGUCCUUCGCCUUCCCGAACGGCCCGUCCCACGAGCAAUACUCCUUCUUCGAACCGGCCGCGUCCCGCUCCGACGAAAUCAACACCCUCCCUACGGGAUACGCCUGGGAUAUCCCGCUCCCCUUCCGCAACACACGCCGCCUCGCAUACUCCUUCUCCAGCAUCCACACACGGGUCCAUCGCAUCGCCGCCUCCAACCCCAGCAUGCCUCUUGACGAACGCCGCUCUUUGGCUAGGCACACCAUGCGCGCUGCCUUCCAGCAUCUGUGUUCACGGCUGGUUGUCGCUCUCGAAGACAGACCCGAGCUGCGACCAGCCGCAAGGACAAUCGUCGUCUCGGGCGGCGUUGCCUCAAACAAGUUCCUAAUGCAUGUUUUGAAAGAAACCCUCCGCGUCAGGGGGUAUCCGGACACGGAAAUCAUAGCCCCACCGGUCAAGUUCUGCACGGAUAAUGCGGCGAUGAUUGCGUGGACGGGGAUGGAGAUGUUUGAGAAGGGGUGGCGUUCGGAUUUGGGUGUCUUGCCAGUGGGCAAGUGGCCGAUGGAGAUGGACGGUGGUGAUGGAGAUGGGAUAUUGGGUGUCGGGGGUUGGAUAAAGAAGGGGAGAGCGUGGUAA